AUGCCGGACAUCCAAGACGCCUUCCAGGCAGCGCUGUUCAUCGCCCUGCUGGUCACGCUGGCCCUCGCGGCCCUCCUCGCGGCCGUCGUGGCCGCCCUGCGGUACUGGCAGCCUCAGCAGCAGCCUCCUCCGCGCCGCCGCUCGCUCUACUACCCUUCCACCCGUAGCAGCGUAGAGAACGCCUACCGCAUCGCGAGCGUCCCGGACCGCCCCGUCUUCCGCAACGUCGACUGGUCGUAUGGGACGUUCCAGAACAGGUUUGAGCCGGGGCCCGCGCGCGGCGGUGGUGGCCCGCGGGGGUUCAUCGUUGACGACGAGCAGCGCAGUGUUAGCACGAGAUGGGGGCAUGCCUCUCCCUUUGGACGGCGGCAGGGCGGGCUGCAUCACCGCGCGGGGGUGGAAGAAGAAGAGGAAGAGCGGAAGGACGCCGCCGGUGGGCUUGAGGCGACGGGGGAUCUGGCAGACGAGGGGAGAGAAUGUAGGGACGGGGAGGAGACGAGCGGCUCGUCGACGCCUCUGGCUUCGAAUCAGGGAGUGGGUGCUGCCUCUGGCUGGGCUGAUGGGACUCGAGGCGGGAGGGGCCAUUCUGUGUGA